UUUAGACAUCGGCACUCCUGGUCGGUGAAAAGCGUUGGAGGGUUUCUGCUGUUGAUUUUAUUUUUAGCGAAAGGAGCGCCAAUAUACCACUUAAAAAACUAAAAGAAGGUGGUCGGGCUCCCACGCCAAAUAGUUAACUGCGAUUGAAGGUCGUCAAUCAGAACGCGAGACUUGCGCAAUUCUGCCAGCGCUGCAGUCAGCGCAGCUCAUCAUCAUCUGACUUAUGCAACGCACUUAGCUGGAAGUUUUAGUUCAGUUGGCCCAAGUGCGGCGACAAGUGAAGAUACAGAUAGAUACACAGAGCAACAGAUACUAGAUACCAGAUACCCAUAUUCCAUAGUGAAAUACAAGUACAGUCAAAGAACAGUCAAGUUUUUUAUAACUCUGAUUCCUUUCGAAUAUAAAGUUCUAAUCGAUUGGUUUCAAAAUGCUAACCAAUAGCGACUUUUAUAGCAAAUGAGAAGUGAUUUUCUACAUAUUAAUUUAGUUACUAUGUUUAAAGAAGUGAUUUUAAGACUUACCAGCAUUAUUCUGUUGAACUCUGUCGAGAUCUGUAGAGUUCAGUCGUGCAAAGUUCCAGUCGCAAACCUUUUAACCAAAUUCCAGUUCCCAGAAAGCAAAAAUAAGAACUUUAGUAAUAAACUUUUAAAAGAAGAAUAUCCAAUCGGAAUUCUAACUUACAAAUCCAAGUCUUCGAUCCAAUCAGAAAAUCCAAAAACCAUUUGGCAUGCACUUUUUCGUGCCUCCUUUCACCUGACGUUGUUGUCGCAGCAAUCAUUUUGCAUGGUCUGAUAAGAUAAAGCAAGAGCUCCUCCAGUCGGGAGAGCCAGGGAAUGAGAGAGCAACUCUGUUUUUUUUUUCUGCCUGUGGCUCUAUUAUUAGAGAGUUACCGUUGCUUUAUUAUUGCCACUAUUAUUGUGUUUGAUAGUGUGUGUGUGUCGGUGUUUAGAGUUCUCUACGUGUGUUUGUGCUUUUGUGUUCUAUGCAUAAUUUGCGCGUUUUUGUUUUCAGUUUUGUUAACGUCGUCGUCGGCGCCGCCUCGCAGAAGUUGCUUCUCCUCUCUUCAUCCAGAAAGAGAGAGAAAGCCAAAUAAAAGAAAAAAAAGAAACACCGCUAGCCGCAGUUAAUUUCGCAGCGCACAAAUCGCACGCCAUUUUCUAGCAUGCUCUAGGAAUAUUACGAAACCCGAUCGAAAUUUUAAGGAAAACGCUGAGUUGCAAAAGUUGAGAUUCGAAAUCGAAAUCGAAACCGAAACCGAAAAGGAAACGGAAGUUGGUGAAGGUGGAAGAAGCGGAGAGCGAUUGAGAGAUAGGGAAACACUUCGGGAGCCACGCCCACAACAUGAGCAGCAUGAAGGGCGGCUUCUCCACACUAAAUCGUUGGUUUGGCCGGAAAAAGGACAAAUCCGGCACUGGCAGCUCUUCCAUGGGCAAGUUGUCCAAGUCGUCGACACAGCUUCACCAUUUGUCCACGGACACGGACGUAAACGAGACUAGUCAGCUAGAGUACAAUCGGAUAACCCCAGUGCCUGCAGCCACCAGCAAUGCGCCCUUUGAGCAGACUUUCCGCAUCACCGUUCUGCUGCCCAAGGAUCAGCUUUUUGUGGCCCGACUGGGUGCCAGGGUUCCUCUGAGUAAACUCCUUUCGCUUGUGUGCGACAACAAGCAACUGGAUGCGGACAAGUACGAGUUCCGCAGUCCAGUGGAUGCUAGUCAGGUGUACAAUUGCGAAUCGACUAUCGGAGCUGUGGGCCUCUCAGAGAUCCGACUGUGCCACAAAUCGGAGUCCUACGACAACUUUAAUCCGGAUGUGAUGCACAAAUUCCAGCGCACCGGGGCUGCCCGAGAUUCGUUGAGCAGCAGUUCGGACUUCAGUAGCAGCCGGCACUCAAAGGUUACGGCCAAAACGCCGAGUCCUUACAGUUCAAGCAAUUCACUGAACUCAAUGGACUCCACGGGGAUGAACUACACUCGUACGCCAGUAGUGGUGCCGCCGGCAAAGGUAUUAGCCCCACCGCCGCGUAAAAAGCGAACCGCUCCCAGGCCACCCAGUCAGAUUUGCAUUCCGGAGCAAUCUGUUCCGGAUAUUCCGGCUGCUAACUUGAAAAGCGAGCCAGCCUAUGCGGUGAUUGUCAAGCGACCACAGCUCUGCAUGUCCACGCCAAAUCUCUCUGGUCCUCCGGAGGUAGACUGCAACGGCAACAGCUCAAAGUCACCGGACGAAGACUCCGCAGAUGGGCAUUAUGCCACAUUGGAUCUGAAACCACCAGUGGCUGGUGGUCCGGAACCAACGCCACGGAAACGUUUGGUGCAGAUCAAGAAGAAAACGGCACCGGCUCCACCGCCAGAUUUUCAAAGUGGCGGAGAUAAUAUAUCAUUGGCUUCUCUUCCGGAACCAGUUACACCUACGCCGAAUGUACCGCAACCAGCUCCUAGGAUUACCACACCUUUGCCCGUCGCUCCGGCUGCCAAUCCUCCUCUUCCCCAACUGAAUGGCAAUGGUAAUGGAUCGCCCAAUGGAAAUGUCUCCAAGGUCCUUCUCAAUAGAACACCAACCCCGGAGCCCCGAUCUUUAGGUAGUGCCACAGAGGAUGAUGAUAACGAUGCGGCUUCGAAGCAAGCGGAUUCUGGUAUUGGAGAACCAGCACCAUCGCCUUCGGCCUCACCAGAACCCGAAGCGGAGAAAUCGCAGCAGGAAUCGAGUUCCGAGGACGACGAGGCCAUCAAGGUAUACAAUUUCAAGCUGUGCCAGACUUCCAAGAAAGACGAACCAUUGGCCACUAGCUUUGCGGAGUUGACAGUGCUUGCAGCCCAGGAUAUCGUUGAAGAGGAGGAGCAUGUACAGCAGCCGGUGGCCAUGACGAAUGGCAAUGUUGCCACUCCCAGUAGCGAGACCUCGCUUACUUCAUGGAAUUACUCUGUACCCAUAUCGCCACCUCCCGACUUCUCCGACCAGCAAAUGCAGAAACGCAGUGCGGGUUCGGUGAGCCCCGGCUCGCCGCUGGACGAGAUCGUGGAUGAAUUGGCCACUAUAAUUAACCAACAGCGUCUGGACACGUUGAUCAAAAAUCAGCCCGAUCCCCGUCUAGCCGAGAUUGAGGCAGCUAAGCCGAAUCGUUUGACCAAUUUUAGCAUAGCUACGGCCAAAAGUACAACGAGGAUUACCCGAGCUGGCUCUUUUCAGGCCGGCGGAUCCGUCGAAGAGGCGGAGGUAACCUCACCUGGCGGAACUCUGAGUCAUCGCAGCACUUCCCAUGUCUCCCUUAACAAACUGGAACAGAACGGCAAUAGUUUGGGUCAGAGGCGCUCCUCCAGUGAGUUGAGCAUUGGCGAAUCACCUUCAUUGCAAAGUCUGGAGGUGAUCAAGACGAUCUUGAACUCACGAAAGAACAGCUUGGCUGAAAGUGGUGGCAGUUCGCCAUCGCCUGUUACAGAGCAACCAAAGAUCAUAAAGGAACUGGAGAUCCAGGCCAAAGACGAGCCCAGCAGUCCACCUACUACUGCUAUUUCAAAGCUGUCAGCUACACUUGUCGAAAAACAAUCGACUCCUGCUCCCAACGUUGUGCAGGAGCCCGAGCAGAAGCAGUCCCCUCCUCCGCCAGCCCUGAAACAAUCACCUACUCCAAUACAGAAGCAAAAGCCUUCAUCAAGUGAAAAGCCACCAAUACCUCCUGUUGUAAAAACUGUCCAGGAGCAGGUUACUCCAUUGGCUGAGAAUGGAAUUUCUGUCCAGAAACAAUCGCCUCCUGUGGCCAAGAAAGAGUCACCUGUUCCAGCUCCUAAGCCAUCGCCACCGGCUUUGAAGAAGGUUCCAGAGCCAUCUGCACCAGUUCAAAAAGUGCUCGUUACAUCUGUUUCAACUGUUCAAACGGUUAAAGAGGAAACCGAAAUCUCGGCCAGCUCCAAAACCACCAUAACACCUCUUAAUUCCCCAGCCACUCCAAUCAGUCCAGUUAGUCUGAGAAACCCGAUCAAUAGCACGGAAACCCAACCAAGUCAACUGAUUGAGUCUGCUCCGAGCUCCAAGCCUCUGCCGACAACUUAUCGCUACUCCGGACCACCUAGCAUCAAUUUUGCCACCUGGAGCGAACGACCCAAGUCCACUGUGGCUAUUAAGAACGAAGGGGACUACAUCUUUGGCGGUGCAGGGAAGUCUCAGACGGUAACCUCACCACCUGCCAAGCUCACCAUUGAAGUGGCUUCGCCCAUUUUGAGAAUGGGUAUUCCCCAAAGGAAGGAAUACCACGUCCCCAUUACGGUUAAGCCACUGAAAGAUGUCAGUCAAUCUGUGGAGAACGAACAGCCGGUAAAGCAUGAGAAGCCGGAUGUCCAGAAGGUAAAGGAGCAGCAGGUCCAAGAGGAAACCUUUUCGGUUCAAGUAAAGCUUAAAACGCAGGUUAAACCAUCUCCUGAGAAGCCACUGGUUGAGACCCAAAAUCAAUCCUCCACAUUGCCACGUCCAGCCAAAACCAAUCGAUUCACUCUACCCGCUGGCCAAAGCAACCAAAUGGUUUCCAACUUGGCCAGCAACUCCCUGCCACGCCCCGUUUCUACCUUUGAGAGGAACCGACCAGCGGAGGCCAAUCCUUCUCCAGCUCCCUUUGGUCAGAACACCUUACGCCGCACAGGCUUUAAGGAACGAAUGUUGGCCAAAGAGCAGCAAGAGCAGGAGCAGGCCUUGAGGAUAAGGGUGUCUGUAAAUGGAACUACUCCUUCUUCAGCUGCGACGUCCAUAUCCCCGCCAGAAAGCAAACCAGUGCCGCCGGCGAAGAAUGUGAAUGUGGUUCUAAAGUCCACCAAAACGGAAGUUAAGCUCCAAGAGCCGGAAAUCAGACCGGUGAGCCUGCAGGUCAAACUUAAGCCCACAUCCCAGCCAGCAGCUACACCCUCACCGCCACCACCGCCGCCGGCACAAUUAGUUCCGGCCCUGAAGCCUGUGAAAACCAACGGCGGACGCAGUGGACCCACAACUCCGGAUCCGCGUUCCCAGCUGAUGGACGCGAUACGGAAUUUUAAACGAGAGGAGCUCAACCGAUCCUGAGUUUUCCAAAAAAGAAACAGUAGAUAAAAUUCAAGCACAAAAUCACAAAGGCAGCGCACAAGUUAUAUUAUUUUUAUACCGUUAACAGUAAAUUUUGUGUUGAGUUUGUAAAUAAUUUUGAAAAAAGCCACGAUUUAAUAGAACGUUUUUUUUCACACCCCAUUCCCCCCGCGCUUUUAAAGCGCCCAAUAACCCAAUUUUUUUUUAACUAAUCUUAGUUUUUGUUAUGAACUAUGUAGUUUUUUAAUAAUUUGUUUUAGUCAUUAGGUCACAAGAGAACCCAAAAAAAAUAUUAAUAUAAAGAAAAACGAAACAUUUAUCUAUAUAUAUAUAUAUAUAUAUAUACAAAUAUACAUAUGUGUAUGUUAAUAUGCAUAAAUAAUAUUUCGUACGUCAUAGUGAAAUAUAGUAACCAAUUUUCUAACCAAUGGGACUGGUCUACUUAGUCGUGUCAAACAAAAAACAAAUGGUAGCAAAAGCAAAGGAGCCCGAAAACAAGAGUUAAAAAUGCUAAUAAAUUAUUUUAAAGCAACAGCAGUUAAUGCAUUUAGCGUUGAUGUAUAUAUAUGGCAUUGUAUUAAACUGAAUAAAAUAAAAUACAGAAACUAA